AUGUCGCUGCACAGCUGUCCUCCUCUCAAAGACGAUCUCAUCAACGCUCACGUGCACAUUCCCGACAUGGCCCACCAAUCGGUCCCUUCCAUCUACGGCUCCGCGGCUGGAACCGUAGAUCCACCGUACGGCAACCACCCAAGAGGCGUCAAGGACUACGAUCCAAGCAUCCCGGCUCAGCUUCCCGUACAACGUGCUCACUGGGAUACGGCGGUCUCAGAUUCAUACCCCCACCGUCACGCCCAAUUCCAGCAUCAAACCCCUACCCCUUACACAACGUUCGAGCCUCGUCAUCCCUCCGACGUUGACUCGCUCCGUGCACCAGCUGCACACCAUCAUCACGGCGCACACAAUGCACAUCUCCAUCACCAUCCGUACAAUCAACCGCAUCCCACCGACUCUAUGUACGCCUCGUCCUCGCAUCAGGCCGAAAUGCACCACAGGCACGUCUCACGAGCCGCCUGCCUCUCAUGUCGUUCCGCAAAACGCAAGUGUGACGGCGCAAAACCCGUGUGCGGUCCUUGCGCUCUCAGAGGCGUCAAAGACGGCUAUCCGGGCGACGACGGCGGCUGCGUUUACGUUGCCAGCAAGCGUGGAGGUCCUCGCUUCAAAGGCGUCAAGGGCGCAGAAGCAACCAAGCGAAAGCUCGACGAGCGCGAAAAGAUCGGCAAAGUCCGCGGCAGGGACCCUCACAGCCACGACGGCGACUCACACUCCCUAUCGCCCACCGACAAUGGAUCGAUUCAAUACUCAUCUGCAGCGACAACGCCGCUCGACGCGUCUAGCGUUCUGCCUCGCACGUCCGACCCAACGCUCAAUACCCCCUUGACCGCCACCAACGCACCGCUGGCAAACCUCGAUCUCUCGAGAGCUGCUCCAGACAUGCUCGGCACCUUAGCUGUCGCUACAGAAGUCCUCCCUAUCAUGGACGAGUCGUCAGAUGCGUUCUCCUUUGAGCGUGAAAGGAAUGCUCUCACCACCCGCAACCUGUUCCGACCCGACUCGGCGGUAGGUGGCGGUCUUUUCGACGACCUUCCGGCACCCAACUUGGACCUGCUGCAGAAAUUUUCGGCCAGCCAGGCAUCUGUAGGGCUCUCGCUCGCCGGCUUUUAUCACAAGCUCGAAGAACUUCCCAAAGCUGGCGUGCUCGCCAUGUCCAACGUCGACGAGUUCGGCAGCAUCGAAGUCGACAUGCCUCAGGCGCUCUUGGAGGAGAUUGAGACCGCCAACAAAUCCAGCGCCGCAGUCAACUCGGAGCAGCAGGCACGUUCUCUGCUUCAGGACUUCUACGAGCUCGUCUACCCGGCCUGUCCCGUCAUGCUGCCGUCCGGCCACCUGUCGUCGCUCGCAUUCCACCUGUCCGAGGACGAAUCCUCGGCGCUGCUCGCCGCCACGUCCGCUUGUGUUGCUCUCCAUCUUCCACAGACAGAAGCCAAGCGCAUCAUCAAGGGCAGUCUCUUGUUCCACGAUCCCGACGAUCACGAGGCCAAAGCUGAGCUUCUCGAUCUCGAGCACGCCUCUCGCGAAGAGAUCGCAGCGUACCACGCCAAGUCAGCGGAAAAGCUGCUGCUCAAAAAGGUGGCGCUGCUGGCGAGGGCCUCUUCGUUCCCAUCCGAGGCUGCCAAGGCGAUGGAAGCGACAAAGUUCAUGCCCAACAGCCGUGGGACCGCAGGUAGCGAUAUCGAACUUGUCAGGAUCAAGCUCGUCGCGACGCAUACGCUGCUAGCUCACUACCACUACGGCACGUCCAAUAGCCGUCGCGCCUUCCACCAUGCAUCGCAGGCAUGGAACCAUGCACAGGCGCUCAACCUAGAUUCGGGCGAGGCCGUCUCGACAGCUCCAUCGUGGUUCAGCCACACGCAGAAGUGCGAGUGGGCGCGAAGAGCCUACUGGACCUGUUACGCCGCUGCCACCGUCAUGUCGUGCACCGGUGGAUUCAAGCCGCUCUCGGUGACGCGCGACAUGCCCUCGGACCUCGGCCUGCUUCCCAACCUCCGAGGUGAUCGUUCCAGCUGGAAGGUCUUAGUGCGCGGCGCUCAGUUCGUCUCGAGGUCGUAUGCCAACCUCUACGAUCUCGAUUCGUACAAGAACCGACCGGAAAACAAACUACAAGACCCUGCCAGCCAAACACGCGAGAAACGACGCAGGUGGGAGUCCAUCUUUGAGCGCAUGCAAAAGGUGGAUGCCGACGUCAUGCAGUAUGCGCGAUCCGACCCGGUGUGGAGCGACGAGAGCUGCUUUGAACCCAGCGUGGGCAUGUCCCGACGAACGGCGCAAUUCGAGGAGGAGAACGAGAUUCGGCUUAGCCGCAGUCUGCGCGUUGCAGGCAAGCUCAUGACGAGCGGAGCAUUGAUCAUCUUGCAUCGUGCCCAAGCGUUUGCCAACGCACGCAUCUUUGUUGCUCCCACGUGCGGUAUCCCUGGUGCUUGCGAGGACUCGAGCGACACCGCGUCCGACACGGGCACUCGAGCCAGGGGCGGACCGGAUCGGCUGUGGCAUCGAGAGGCCGAGGGACUCCCUCCUUCGGGUAAAGCGGCCACGCAGACCGACGAGCUGAGCCUCAGCGCGGAUACGCCUUCGAAGCCUAGUGCGGUUGCGAGCCGCACCAUGCGAUCACGCAGCGCCAGCAGCAUGAGUAGCAGCGGUGCAGGCAGCGUCUCCAAGAGUCUGGUCAGUUCCUCGUCUUCAGCGGGCGGUGGACAGGUGACCUUCACACCGUGCGGCAUCCCUGUCAAGUUCAAUGGUGGUCCCUUUGAGCCCUCCGAGUCGCUGGAUCGAUGUCGAUUCGCGGCAGGUGUUAUGUAUCAGCAGCUGCCACAUGUCAACACGAGCACUUUUCGUCUGGGCCGACGCGAGUCCUCGGCCACUUUACCCGUGGAAGCGAAUCACGGCCGCGAGAACCGCGAGCAGUGGUCAGCGCCUUCGCUCCCACCCUUUUCUGCAUGCUCACUGGUGCUUGCUGCUUACGUUUUGCUCAUGGAGACGCUCCACGCGCAAAUCGCCGCCGGCCUCGAGGACGAUCUGGACUUCACCAACACCGACACGCUCGACGAAGAGGACGAAAGGACCCUCUACCAACUCUCGCCCAUCCUCCAGCCUGACCCGCACCGAACCGCUCAAAUCCCCCAACUCGCCGGCAGACAGGCGUACGUGCUUGCGAUUCGUCUGCGCUCCUGCAUCCUGCAGAUCGAAUCGGCGCUGGAAAAGUUCAGCAGAGCAUGGGAUAUCGCUAAGGGCUAUGCGCAGGAGGUUAAACUGUUGUUGGAAGUCAACCAGAGCUUGUUCUCUGGUUCUAUCGCCGCCGGUCAGAUAAAGCCUUAG